GUGAGCGAACUGUGCGGACCAGACCUGGCAGCCUUGCUCAGUUCAGCAUAGCGGAGAGGAUCCGAGCGGAUCGGAGCAGAUCGCAGCGGAUCGCAGCGGAUCGGAGCACACCGGAGCACACCGGAGCAGGCUCAUCGAGAGGGCUGCUGCGAGACCAUGGAGAACGGAUACACAUAUGAAGACUAUAAGAACACUGCAGAAUGGCUUCUGUCUCACACUAAGCACCGACCUCAAGUUGCAAUAAUCUGUGGUUCUGGAUUAGGAGGUCUGACAGAUAAAUUAACUCAGGCCCAGAUCUUUGACUACAGUGAAAUCCCCAACUUUCCCCGAAGUACAGUGCCAGGUCACGUUGGCCGACUGGUGUUUGGGUUCCUGAAUGGCAGAGCCUGUGUGAUAAUGCAGGGCAGAUUCCAUAUGUAUGAAGGGUACUCGCUCUGGAAGGUGACAUUCCCAGUGAGGGUUUUCCACCUUCUGGGUGUGGACACCCUGGUAGUCACCAAUGCAGCAGGAGGGCUGAACCCCAAGUUUGAGGUUGGAGAUAUCAUGCUGAUCCGUGACCAUAUCAACCUACCUGGUUUCAGUGGUCAGAACCCUCUCAGAGGGCCCAAUGAUGAAAGGUUUGGAGUUCGUUUCCCUGCCAUGUCUGAUGCCUACGACCGGACUAUGAGGCAGAGGGCUCUCAGUAUGUGGAAACAAAUGGGGGAGCAACGUGAGCUACAGGAAGGCACCUAUGUGAUGCUGGCAGGCCCCAGCUUUGAGACUGUGGCAGAAUCUCGUCUGCUGCAGAAGCUGGGAGCAGAUGCUGUUGGCAUGAGUACAGUACCAGAAGUUAUCGUUGCACGGCACUGUGGACUUCGAGUCUUCGGCUUCUCACUCAUCACCAACAAGGUCAUCAUGGAUUACGAAAGCCUGGAGAAGGCCAACCACGAAGAAGUAUUAGCGGCUGGCAAACAAGCUGCGCAGAAAUUGGAACAGUUGGUCUCCAUUCUUAUGGCCAGCAUUCCACUCCCUGACAAAGCCAGUUGACCUGCCCUGGAGUGGUCUCGCGUCUCUCACACAAGAUCCAAGUAGCUGCUACCUUCUUUGACCCCUUGCUGGAGUCACGUGCCUCUGUCCUUAGGUUGUAGCAGAAAGGAAAAGAUUUCUAUCCUUCACCUUUCCCAUUUUCUUCCACUAGACCCUUCUAGUGCCAGAUCCUCUUCUCACAGCUGGGAUCACAGGUGUGAGCAUAGUGAGACGUUGGCGCUACAAAAUAAAGCUGUUCUCAUUUCUGUUCUUUCUUAUACAAGAGCUGGAGCCCAUGCCCUACUACGCAUCUGUGGAGGUGCCCAGGAUUUGACUUGGGCCUUAGAACUUUGCACAGCAGCUGCUACUAGCUUUUUGAGAUAAUACAUUCCUGGGGGCUUUGUUCUACCUUAUCUAAAUCACCAGAGACCAAACAAGGACUAACCCAAUACCUCUUGGACUUUAUUUAAUGUCAUAAUGUUGUCAGAAUAAAGAGAAAGAUGAAAUAGUUUCAUGUUUUAUGUAACUUGGGAUGAGGCUGAGGCACAGGACAAGAUUGACAUGAAAGGAUGUGAGACCACAUGUCUUGUGUGACUAUCUGCUUCUCAGACAAGUAAUUAGGAACCGAGAUGAGAUAGUAUGUGAGUGUAGCAAAGGAUGAAGAAGGGCAAAAUGAUGAAAGGUGGGAAAGAGGUUAUGAGAUGGUGAGGAAAAUUAACUUCUGGUGCUUGAUGGCCACAUCCACCAGGCUAGUCCUUCCUCUCUCCCUUGCCUUCUGAUUGUUUCAUUUCCUGUCUAUUUGAUCAUAGCUGAAUCAGUUCACUGAUUAGCCUCUUCCUUAGUUCCCGCUUCCUUACCAAAGCCCUAAUUAUAUUUCCUCUUGUUUGCCUUUUCUCUCCUACUCUUCUCCAACGUCCGUAACCACACUCUCCAUUCACUCCAUUCUGACAAGGCAGUGGCAAACGCCUCUCUGCUCUCAGCCUCUCUGUUGUUCAUUGGAUUGCUGCCAGCCCCAGGCAAAUCUGUGAAGUUGAUUCACACUCUGCUUCUCUUUGAGUGUCUGCUUCUGUCCUUCCACUUCCUUUCUGUGCUCCAGUCUUUCUCUUCACUUGGUCAGAACCUCCCUGUGAUACUGUAUCCAGGCAUUUCCCCCUUGUUGGCUCACUGCACUAUUAUCUUUGCUUAUCAACUUGCAUUCAGCUGGCUGGCAUGUUUCAAAACCACACUGCCCUCUCAGGCCUGUGUGCCUUUUGAGAAAGACCAGUCUGAAUGAGCCUCUAGUAGUGACAACAUUUUAGUUGUUAGUGGUAUAAUAAGGAAGAGAUAUUUUGCACAGGCUGCUUUGGAGAACUUUCAAAUUAUCCUUUGUUUGGUUAACUGACCUACUUAACUGCCCAACACAAAGAAAAAGCA